AAUAUAUCGAAAUUAAAUUAAUAGGUACAGCACUAUAAUUACUUAUUUCACAUUUGUUACUUGUCAGCUGAGUAGUUCAGACAUCUGAUUUCAGAGUUCAGUCUAGAAAACUUUUGUAAUUGAAACGUAAGACUGAUUUAAGUGCUGAAUUGAACUUUAACAUUGGCGCAAUUUUCUUUAUAAAUAAAUUUAUUUCGAAAAGUGUAUGCGUUGGUCCCAAAUAUUAUACACCGUAUCGAGAUAUAAAAACAUGACCUCGACAUUGUUACCAUUUUUCUUAGAAGGUGAAGUAGUUAAAGGUUUUGGCCGCGGAUCGAAAGACCUAGGAUGUCCAACAGCCAAUUAUGCACUGGAAGUGGUACAAUCACUACCGAAAGAUUUUGUUCCCGGAGUAUAUUAUGGAUGGGCACAAGUAGACGAUGGGCCUGUUUACGAAAUGGUCGCCAAUGUUGGUUGGUGUCCAUUUUAUCAGAACAAACAAAUGUCGGUUGAAACACACAUUAUGAAUGAAUUCAACAGUGACUUCUACGGGUCUAACUUGAAGAUAUCUCUUGUUGGAUAUUUGAGAGGAGAAAUGAAUUUUGACUCGUUGGAUGCUCUGAUAGCACAGAUCAAGCAAGACAUACAGAAUGCCAAAGAUAAUCUAAACCAAACAAGCGCACAAAAACUUAAAGAGCAUAACUUUUUUUCACAUAAACAAGUAUGAUGUGUCAUAAAAAAUAGCUACAAUACUAUUUGUAUAGGAUCAUUGUUAUUAUUUUUAUUAUAUAUUUUAUAUAAAGUUGUUAUAUUGAUGUGUAAUAUUAAAAUUUGAUUUUAAUUAAUUAUAAUGAACUUCAACAAUGUAUAAUUAGAAUUACUGUUAAUGGUAUAAGUGCAUACUUAGAGUAUUUCCACAUUUUGUGCAAUAUAUAAUAUUUUAUCUUGAAUUCCUGACGUGUGAUAGUAAGAAGAGGUAUACAUAAUAAUAUAUAAACUAAGUAUAAAAUAAAUGACUUACAAGAAUU